AUGCUUAUUUGGAAAAGACUAAACGUGGACCUGCGGCUGAAAUUCCUCAAAUUGAAGUUCCCAGGAAUCAUAGGAAUCCAUGGGACGAUAACGUUGAAGAAUUUAGAAAAUAACCUAGGAAUAAAAAGGGGAUUAAUAAACGGCUUAGGUUCAAUUUUCAAAGCAAUCACAGGAAACCUGGAUGCUUCAGAUGGUGAAAAAUUCGAAUCUCUAAUAAGCGAUUUGCAGAAUAAUCAAAACAAGUUAUCAGAAGCUAUCAAUAGUCAGAAUACCUUAUCUGUCGAACUUAUCGAUAAUUUCAAUAAAGCUAUAAAUCAAAUUACUCAUAACCAAAAGCUAUUGGAAGCUAAAAUAAAUCAGCUUUCAAUAGAUAUGAUCAACACACAAGCCUACAUAGAAAAUGGCAUUUUCUUGAGAGAUACAAUCUCAGAGAUCAUUAAUAUCUAUCAUAUCAUCAUUUCGAUGUCAAGCAGAACUAAAAGGAUUCUGGCCGCUGCUUUGGAAACGGAUAUAAAUACCCAGGUUUUAGAAGAAGCGCUUUCACAUUCAAUCGUUUUUACAAAUGAAGAUAUUACUGAAAAUGUGACUAAUGACGGACUUUCGAAAGGGAUUUCUGAAACUGGCUCUGUUCUCGCACUAACGUUGAGUUACGAUGAUAUGAAUGUAGAUAUUAUAGACGCAUUGGCGAGAACAACAUUUCCCAACUACGUUAUGCUGACAUAUAGUAGCUUACCAAUCUGUUUCAAAGAUGAUUUGAAGGGCAUUUUGGAAAACCUGCAAACAUCAAGUGAACUUUUGGAUGGAGAAAUGAAUGCAGCAGCUGGAAGACAAGACCAAUCUGUCCCAAAGGAUGCUGAUCCGGAUCAUGAAAUGGAAAAAGAAAAUCAACCUGACGAACCUGAUCCAGACUUUAUUGUUACUGAAGACGAAAAUUGUACCGCUGGACAAGAACCUGCACGACAGAAGAAACCCAAGAGAAAAAGGAAACCUGAAAAUAUUCAUUGGACUAGGGAAAAGAUAAAAUGUAACAGAAUGCAAGGCAAGGAUUAUCUAGGAUACAGUCGAAGCAAAUCUGGUCAAGUACUACAGAAUAGCGAAAGACAAUGCAGAAGUUUAGGUCCAGCCUGCUCCUCCAUGAAGUGCUUGAAAUACGUACAAAAACAGACACUGUAA